AUGGAUCAUACACGAGACCCAUGCCCCUGGGUGGCAUUGAAUGAUUUUGGAGGAGCUUUCUGUAUGGGGGCGAUAGGAGGUGCAGUAUGGCACGGCGUGAAAGGUUUUCGAAACUCACCGUAUGGCGAACGACGGAUUGGUGCCCUCACAGCUAUCAAGGCGCGAGCACCUGUAUUGGGGGGUAACUUUGGUGUCUGGGGAGGGCUGUUUUCAACAUUUGAUUGUGCAGUGAAGGGGGUCAGGAAGAAGGAAGACCCAUAUAAUGCCAUUAUUGCAGGAUUUUUCACGGGAGGAGCGUUGGCCAUUAGAGGAGGAUACAAAGCUGCAAGGAACUCAGCGAUAGGAUGCGCAUGUUUACUGGCUGUUAUUGAGGGUGUUGGGAUUGGAUUCCAAAGGAUGAUGGCGGAGAAUACGCGACUAGAAGUACCACAACCUCCUCCUCCCCCACCAUCAGAAACCGGAGGUACUGGCUUCCCAGCACUUGCUCACUGA